AAUAAUAAUAAUAAUAAUAAUAAUAAUAAUAAUAAUAAUAAUAAUAAUAAUAAUAAUAAUAAUAAUAAUAAUAAUAAUAAUAAUAAUAAUAAUAAUAAUAAUAAUAAUAAUAAUAAUAAUAAUAAUAAUAAUAAUAAUAAUAAUAAUAAUAAUAAUAAUAAUAAUAAUAAUAAUAAUAAUAAUAAUAAUAAUAAUAAUAAUAAUAAUAAUAAUAAUAAUAAUAAUAAUAAUAAUAAUAAUAAUAAUAAUAAUAAUAAUAAUAAUAAUAAUAAUAAUAAUAAUAAUAAUAAUAAUAAUAAUAAUAAUAAUAAUAAUAAUAAUAAUAAUAAUAAUAAUAAUAAUAAUAAUAAUAAUAAUAAUAAUAAUAAUAAUAAUAAUAAUAAUAAUAAUAAUAAUAAUAAUAAUAAUAAUAAUAAUAAUAAUAAUAAUAAUAAUAAUAAUAAUAAUAAUAAUAAUAAUAAUAAUAAUAAUAAUAAUAAUAAUAAUAAUAAUAAUAAUAAUAAUAAUAAUAAUAAUAAUAAUAAUAAUAAUAAUAAUAAUAAUAAUAAUAAUAAUAAUAAUAAUAAUAAUAAUAAUAAUAAUAAUAAUAAUAAUAAUAAUAAUAAUAAUAAUAAUAAUAAUAAUAAUAAUAAUAAUAAUAAUAAUAAUAAUAAUAAUAAUAAUAAUAAUAAUAAUAAUAAUAAUAAUAAUAAUAAUAAUAAUAAUAAUAAUAAUAAUAAUAAUAAUAAUAAUAAUAAUAAUAAUAAUAAUAAUAAUAAUAAUAAUAAUAAUAAUAAUAAUAAUAAUAAUAAUAAUAAUAAUAAUAAUAAUAAUAAUAAUAAUAAUAAUAAUAAUAAUAAUAAUAAUAAUAAUAAUAAUAAUAAUAAUAAUAAUAAUAAUAAUAAUAAUAAUAAUAAUAAUAAUAAUAAUAAUAAUAAUAAU